AUGACACUGAGUUUUGUAUACAAAGGGGAGCAAAUUAUUAUACAGGGUCAACAACAAUCUAAUUUUCUGCAGCAGAUUUCAGAAGCUACCCUAUUGAAGAUGACAUCUUCUGAUUCAUCUAUUUUGGGAUAUGUAGUACUAUGCACUAUGUCUGAUGGUUCUAAGAGUAUUCCUACAACUAUUCAACCUCUUUUGGACCAAUGCCAAUAUAUUUUUGCUGAGCCUACAGGUCUGCCUCCUACAAGAAAUCAUGAUCAUGCUAUUCCUCUUAAAACUGAUGUUGUUCCAACUAAUUUAAGGCCCUAUAGAUUUCCACAUCACCAGAAAAUUGAGGUAGAACUGCAGAUUGCUAAUAUGCUCUCCUCAUCUAUUAUUCAACCAAGCAAAAGUCCUUUUGAUUCUCCAUGUCUUUUUAAUCAAAAAGAAGGAUGGGACUUGGAGACCCAAGUAGAGUACUUGGGUCAUAUUAUCUCAGUUUCUGGGGUUUCUACCGACCCUUCUAAAGUGACAACUAUGGAGAGUUGGCCUGUGCCAAAAUCUCUUAAAUCAUUGCGUGGAUUUUUGGUAUUAACAGGUUAUUAUAGAAGGUUUAUUAAGGGUUAUGGUACAAUUAACAAACCCUUGACACAGAUGCUUAAAAAGGACAACUUUAAGUGGACUAAUGAGGCUUUAAUGGCUUUUGAAAAUUUAAAGCAGGCUAUGUGUGUUGCCCCUGUUUUAGCAUUACCAUAUUUUGGUAAGUGUUUUUAUUUGGAAAUAGAUGCAAGUUCAGGAGGAAUUGGGGUUGUAUUAUCUCAGGAUGGAAGACCUAUUGCUUAUCUUAGCAAGGCACUUAGUCUUAGACAUGUUGCCCUAUCUAUAUAUGAAAGAGAGUACCUGGCUAUUCUAUUAACAGCUUCUAAAUGGAGACAUUAUUUAGAAAGCAUUCCCUUUGUUAUCAAAACAGACCAUGAACCUCUCAAGUAUUUAUUAGAGCAGAAAUUAACUACUGCUAUUAAGAAAAAGGGAUUGACUAAAGUGUUGGGGUUAGACUACUCUAUUCAAUACAGGAAGGGUAAAUCUAAUGUGGUUGCUGAUGCACUCUCUAGACAGUGGGAAUAUCAAGGUCAAUGUUUGGCUAUGGGUACUACAUUAAUCAUUCCUAGAUGGGUGCAAAAAGUGGAAGAUAGUUACAAAGAUGAUAAAAUUGUUGCUGAUUGGAUAUCUACAUUAACAAUCACUCCUAGUGCUGAUCCUAGAUGGAAGUAUUCUAAUGGUAUCCUUAGAUUUCAAAACAGGGUUUAUAUUAGAGCUACUGGAGCUCUAAGAUUACAGAUCCUUCAAACUCUACAUGACUCACCUCAAGGUGGUCAUUCUGGUACACAGGCUUGGGAAGUAAUCACUAUGGAUUUUAUAGAGGGCCUACCUACAGCUUUGAAGAAAGAUUGUAUUUUGGUGGUUGUUGAUAAGUUUACUAAGUACAACCAUUUUAUAGCUUUAUCACAUCCCUAUUCUGCUGCUGAGGUAGCCAAAUUAUAUUUGGAUACAGUUUAUAAGCUUCAUGGCCAACCUAAAAUGACCAUUUCUGAUAGGGACAAAACAUUCACUAGUCUUUUUUGGAAAGAACUAAUGAAGCAAUUAGGUACUAAAACCUUAUUUAGUAUUGCUUACCAUCCAGAGACUGAUGGUCAGACAGAAAGGGCGUUGUAUGGCUAUAGGCCUCCUACUAUGAUUUGGCAGACAGACUCUAAUGUACAGGUUGUGAAUGAAUUGAUGAACAGAAGAGAAAACAUUAGACAAUUAAUAAAGCUAGCAAGCAACAAGAUGAAACAGAAGGCAGACAAGAACAGAACAGAGAGAAUAUUUACAGUUGGGGAUUCAGUUUACUUGAAGUUACAACCAUAUAGACAAACUUCUUUAGCCCUGCGAAAAAAUUUAAAGUUAGCUGCAAAAUUUUACGGGCCUUACAAAAUUAUUGAAAAAAUUGGUGAGUUUGUGUAUCGAUUGGAUUUACCUGAAUCGUCGCGUUUACAUCCAGUCUUUCAUGUAAGCCUUUUGAAAAAGCAUAUCGGGAACUCAACAGUCUUUUCCACCGUUCCUCCUGCAAUGAACGAAGAAGGUCAUAUUCGAAUCGAACCUUAUAAGGUGCUGGGCAGAAGAAUAAUCAAUAGGAAAAACAAACCUGUUACGCAGUUGAUCGAUUCCAGCGGGGGUAUUGUUACAGUAGGUGAGGGAGAGCGUGGAAAUGAAGAGGGAAUUGGGGGAGAAGGAGGUCAAGGGUUAGGGAUUGAAGAUGGAGAAUUGGGGAUCGAGAUGCGAGAGGGGAGUGAAAUUGGGAAUUUAGGGAUUAAAGCAAAAGAAGGAGAAGAGAGAUAUUUACCUUCUGAGUUGGAGCAGAUCGAGUACAUGGGACAGGGGGAAGUGGAUCAACAAACAUUUUCAGUCCAGGAAGAGAUGGUGUAG